CAUUGCCACCAGCUUACGCUUGGCAACGGAACUGCCCACCACCUUAUCCACCCUACCGACGCCCCUCCCCGCCCUCGACUCCCCGGUCCCCCCCCCCCCCCCCUCCCCCUGCCUCCCCGAACCCCCCGACCUUAUCCACCUUCUCCACCACACCACGGCGGUAGGCCACCACAUCACGGAGGUAGGCCACCACACCAUGGCGGCGGACCGCCACCCAAGGUGUUGCCACCUAUAAACAAUCCACCAGUGAUCGUGCCACCAAUAAUAAUGCCACCGCCAGUAAUUAUCACACCGCCGAUUACAAAUCCUCCGGGCAUCAUCCCACCUAUAAUCAACCCGCCAGGGAUAGUCCCCCCAAUUAUCAACCCUCCGGUGACAAGACCACCGCCGUCUUCUUCGUACCCACCUUACACCCCUCCAGGGGGCGGCGGUGGCGGACCGGGCAUCAUCAGCCCGCCUCCGAGAGUGACCUGCCCGAUAGAUGCGCUGAAACUGGGGCUUUGCCUGGACGUGCUGGGAGGAUUAGUUCAUGUUGGGAUAGGAAACCCGAUUGAAAAUAUAUGCUGCCCGGUGAUUCAAGGGCUGCUGGAGCUGGAAGCAGCCAUUUGCUUGUGCACAACAAUAAGGCUGAAACUUCUUAAUCUCAAUGUAUUUCUUCCUCUGGCCCUUCAGGUACUGGCGACCUGUGGGUUAACACCUCCACCUGGUUUCGUCUGCCCGCCUCUUUAAAUCUACUUACUUUGCUUGACGAAGACGAAACAGCAGCGCAGUAAAUUCUAUUUCUUCGUUUUUUAAGGUAGAGUUCUUGUUGUUUUCCGAUCGUCCCUGUAAUUUUGCUUUGUCUUAGUACAGAUUCAGGUUCGUGCAUGCAUGGCUGUCGCGACUUCAAUAAUUAAUGUGAAAAUGAAUAUGAAUUGUGCA